AUGGGGCCCCCACCCCCGGCCCGGGGUCAGCAGCUGGUCACCGGAGGCCUCCUCUCCCUCCUCAUCCUCUGGACCCUCGUGGGCAACGCGCUGGUGUGCCUGGCCGUGGUCCGCCGCCGCCCCCUGCGCGCCAGGGUCACCAACCUCUUGGUGGGCUCCCUGGCCGCCUCCGACCUCCUGGUGGCCCUGCUGGUCAUGCCCUGGAAGGCGGUGGCCCAGGUGGCCGGCUACUGGCCCUUCGGCGCCUUCUGCGACGUCUGGGUGGCCUUGGACAUCAUGUGCUCGACGGCCUCCAUCCUGCACCUCUGCCUCAUCAGCCUGGACCGCUACUGGGCCGUGUCCAGCCCCUUCGGCUACCAGCGCGGGAUGAGGCCGCGCCUGGCCCUGCUGGCCGUGGGCGCCGCCUGGGCCCUGUCCGUCCUCAUCUCCUUCCUCCCCAUCCAGCUCCACUGGCACAAGGCCCCAACCAACGCCACCGGCCGCCCGCCGGACAGCUGCGACUCCAGCCUCAACCGGGCCUAUGCCGUCUCAUCCUCCGUGGUCAGCUUCUACAUCCCCGUGGCCGUCAUGCUGGUCACCUACGCCCGCAUCUACCGCAUCGCCCGCGGCCAGAUCCGGAGGAUCUCCUCGCUGGAGAGGGCCGCCAGGCAGGCCCAGGACCGCCGGGGCCCCGGGCCCCGGGACCGUCCGGCCUUUUCCGGCCCGCGAGCCUCCAUCAGGAAGGAGACGGAGGUCCUCAAGACCCUGGCCGUCGUCGUGGGCGUCUUCGUCUGCUGCUGGCUGCCCUUCUUCAUCCUCAACUGCCUGGCGCCCUUCUGCGGCCCCCAGGCCGGCCUUCCCUGCGUGGGCGAGGACACCUUCGACGUCUUCGUCUGGUUCGGCUGGGCCAACUCUUCCCUCAAUCCCAUCGUCUACGCCUUCAACAGAGACUUUCGCCAGGGCUUCGCUGGCCUGCUGGGCUGCGGUCCGGCCCUCUCCGGCAGCCCCGACCGGACCGUCCGCCUGACCCACCGCCUCCUCUCCUGCAACCGGGGCCCUCUCUGCCCCGGCCGCGUGGUCACGGCCUACGAUGACGUCCUCCCCGACGAGGCCGGCCACGGGGACCCGGGCGUUCGGCCCUCCCCCGGGGAACCGGGUGGGGACAUUCCCCCGGGUGACAUCACCCCGUUCCCUCCGGAUGGCCUACGGGAGACACCUUCUUGA